AUGCUGAAAGAAAGAGAGCAAUGGCCGUCAACCCGCCUCGCUGCUCUCCAACUAACAUUUAUUCCGAGCAAGAUGGAAGACGAAGGCUCGUUGGCGGACGGUGUAACGGCUUUCUACGUCAGCGGCAAUUUUGCAAAUUGUCUCGCAGGGUGCAAGGGCCUGGUUGACCAAGAAGGAAAGGGUCAGGUUGCUCUCGUCAAAAGUGGAGAACCUGUCUAUACCUCUGAAGGCAGUACUCUAAGAGUAUAUCCCGUUCCGGAGGCAAGGCGAGGGUUUUUAGACCGCCUACGUACCCAGAUCCGUAACGCGCGCCAGAAGAGUAUUUCACGGCCUUGA